AUGGCCCACCCCACCCAACUAGGAUUUCAAGAUGCAGCUUCACCUGUAAUAGAAGAACUUCUUCAUUUUCAUGAUCAUACUUUAAUAGUCGUAUUCCUUAUUAGCACUUUAGUACUUUACAUUAUUGUAGCAAUAGUCUCUACUAAAUUAACUAACAAAUUUAUCCUAGAUUCUCAAGAAAUCGAGAUUAUCUGAACAAUCCUCCCAGCAAUUAUCCUUAUUUUAAUUGCCCUUCCUUCCUUACGCAUUCUUUACCUUAUAGAAGAAAUCAACAGCCCCCUUCUUACUAUUAAAGCUGUAGGCCAUCAAUGAUACUGAAGCUACGAAUACACAGAUUAUGAAGACCUAGGCUUUGAUGCUUACAUAGUCCCAACCCAAGAUCUAAACCCCGGAGAAUUCCGACUAUUAGAAGCCGAUAAUCGAAUAAUUGUACCCGUAGAAUCCCCCAUUCGAAUACUAGUCUCUGCUGAUGAUGUCCUUCAUUCCUGAGCUGUACCUUCCCUCGGAAUCAAAAUAGAUGCAGUCCCUGGACGUUUAAAUCAAACAGCCUUCAUUACCUCUCGUCCUGGCAUUUUCUUUGGGCAAUGCUCCGAGAUUUGCGGGGCAAAUCACAGUUUUAUGCCCAUCGUAAUUGAAGCAAUUCCCCUAGAACAUUUUGAAAACUGAUCCUCUCAAAUAUUUAAAGACGCCU